AUGUAUUAUUUCAGUCUUUUGAGUCUUGUUACAUUAAGCCUCGCGCUCCUGCUGGGCUCGAGCCCCUCUGAAGCGCGCACAAUCAAGCAACCUCGCGCCGCCGAUGCCGCCGCCGCCGCCGGAGGCCGCGAGCGCGUCAGCAUCAACGCGGGCUGGAAGUUCUCGCGCUUCACGUCGAACCCCGACCAGCUGUCUUACACGACGCUGAAGCCAUGGAUGCUGCCGUCGGCAAACGAUUUUAUUAAGAGCGCCAAACGCGUGCAGCCUUCGGGGACGGCCCCUGGUGCCAGCAUCAGCUACGUGCAAGCCACCUUUGACGACAGCGGCUGGGAAUCGCUCAACCUGCCCCACGACUGGGCCAUCAAGGGCCCGUUCAACGCGCCCGGCGUCGGCGGCGGCAUGGGCCGACUUCCCAGCAACGGCGUGGGCUGGUACCGGCGCAAGCUGACCGUGACCGACGCGGACGCGGGCAAGACCAUCUUCCUCGACGUCGACGGCGCCAUGUCGUACGCGGCCGUCUGGCUCAACGGCAACUGGGUCGGCGGCUGGCCGUACGGCUACGCGUCGUUCCGCCUCGACCUCACGCCGUACCUCAAGCCGGGCGCCGACAACCUCUUGGCCGUCCGCGUCGACAACGCCGUGGAGAACUCGCGCUGGUACCCCGGCGCAGGCAUCUACCGCAACGUGUGGCUCGUCAAGGUCGACCCCGUCCACGUCGGCCAGUACGGCACCUACGUCACCACGCCCGUCGUCUCGGCCCAGUCGGCCACGGUCAACCUGGCCGUCACGGUCGAGAACAAGGGCAGCGCCAGCCGCGACGUCAACGUCGACGCCAAGAUCUACGCCCUCGACGCCGACACCGGCCAGACCCUGUCCGACAAGGUGGUGGCCACGUUCCCGACGGUCAAGGUGACCGUGGCCGCGGGCGCCUCGCAGGCUGUCAACGGCUCCGCCACCGUCGCCAGCCCGCUGCUCUGGGGCCCGCCUCCUGCUCAAAAACCCAACAUGUACGUCGCCGUGACGACGCUGACGGCCGCCGACGGCGGGGCGGCCGUCGUCGACACGUACGAGACGCAGUUCGGGAUCCGGUCCAUCAAGUACGACGCCGACAAGGGCGUUCUGGUCAACGGCCAAAAGGUGUACGUGCAGGGCACGUGCAACCACCACGACCUCGGCUCGCUGGGCGCGGCCUUCAACCGGCGCGCAGCGCAGCGGCAGCUCGAGAUGCUGCAGGAAAUGGGCACCAACGCACUGCGGACAUCACACAACCCCCCGGCCCCUGAAUUCCUCGAGCUGGCCGACCGCAUGGGCUUCCUGGUGCUCGACGAGAUCUUCGACUGCUGGAACAACCGCAAGACGACCAAUGACUUUCACCUGAUCUUCCCCGACUGGCACGAGCCUGACCUACGCUCCUUCGUCCGCCGCGACCGCAACCACCCGUCCGUCAUUGUGUGGAGCUACGGCAACGAGAUCGGCGAGCAGUCGGGCGGCUCGGGCGCAGCGACCGCCCAAGAGCUCGAAGACAUCUUACGGUCUGAAGACGCCACGCGGCCCGGCACUACGGCCAUGAACAGCGCGUCGGCCGGUAGCGCCUACGCCAACGUCAUGGACGUCAUCAGCCUCAACUACCAGGGCGAAGGCAUCGGGCCGACGGCCAGCUCGACAGCCCCCAGCUUCAAGCGCGCGUACCCGGACCGCAUGAUCUGGAGCUCCGAGAGCGCGUCGACCCUCAGCACGCGCGGCACAUAUCUGUUCCCGGUCUCGAGCGCGCUCAGCACCACCGUCGGCGGCGCGUCCGCCGGCGGCAACAACUCGGCCCUCUACGUCAGCGCGUACGACCUGUACGCGCCAUCCUGGGGAUCCUCCCCAGACAAAGUCUUCGCGCAGCAGGACAAGAACGCGUUCGUGGCGGGCGAGUUCGUGUGGACGGGCUUCGACUACAUUGGCGAGCCGACGCCCUACAACGCGGCGCGGUCGUCCUACUUCGGCAUCAUCGACCUCGCGGGCUUCCCCAAGGACCGCUACUGGCUGUACCGCGCGCGGUGGCGGCCGUCCGUCCCCGCCGCGCACCUGCUCCCACACUGGACGUGGCCCGACCGCGUCGGCCUCGUCACGCCCGUGCACGUCUUCACCGCCGCCGACGAGGCCGAGCUCUUCGUCAACGGGGCCUCCGCCGGCCGCAAGAAGCGCUCUGCAUCGUCGUAUCGCCUGCGCUGGGACGACGUCGUCUACGCGCCCGGCGACCUGCGCGUCGUCGCCUACAAGGACGGCGCGCAGUGGGCGACAGAUGCGCGGCGCACCGUCGGCGCUGCCACCGCGCUCAACGCGACUGCUGACCGCGCGGCCAUCAGCGGGGCCGCCGGCGACGACCUCGUGUUCGUGAGCGUCGCGGUCGUGGAUUCCAGGGGCGACGUGGUACCGCGCGCGGCGAAUGCAAUCGCGUUUUCGGUCGCCGGCCCAGGCGUCCUCGUGUCGACUGACAAUGGCGACCCGACGGAUAUGACCGUCUUCCAGUCGCCCACGCGCAAGGCGUUCAGUGGCCUGGCGCUCGCGGUCGUGCGCCCGAAUGCGGGGGCCACCGGCACGAUUGUGGUUUCGGCUACAGCGGCGGGGCUGGCUGGCGCGAGCAUUUCGGUGCAGGUCGUUUGA